GACAUUACUCAUGGUUUUUGUUAAAUGAUAGGAAAUGUUCAGUUGGAGAGGAGGUGGAGUUUCCUGCCUUUAAUAACAGCACUUUCAGCAGCUCUUCAGCAAACAUAAUUUCCACUCUCCUGCUAAAUAUUUGGAGGACUUACAGUAAAGCCAUGCAUCACCUCUUAAUUUGCUUGUUUGUAUUUUCUGUUCAAAGCUCCGCGCUCCCAUCUGGAAAUGGCUCCACUCCCUUUCUGCGGACUUUUUCUGGCCACUUUGUAAUGGUUGGAGAUGAUGCAGCAGACUACCUAGACCUGUCACUCUUAGAUGAUGGAGGCUCAGGAUCGACGGAGUCCAGAGAAGUUCACCCCCCUCACACCCAUCAUCCCCGGAAGCACUAUUAUGUCUCAGAGGAGACCAAAGCAUUUCUCGAGGGUGGCUUGGCCACACGUUUCAUCCCCACCGUUUACAUCUUCGUCUUCAUCAUCAGCGUGCCCCUUAACCUUCUUGCCACGGUGAUGUUCGUGCGCCAAAUCCGUCCCAAGAAGCCGGCGGUGAUCUACAUGCUCAACCUGGCCUGUGCUGACCUGCUGUUCGGGUUGCUCCUUCCCUUUAAGAUCGCCUACCAUUAUCACGGCAACAACUGGAUCUACGGAUCCUUCAUGUGCAGAGCCGUCACUGCUGCCUUCCACUGUAACAUGUACUGCUCCGUCCUGCUUGUGAUGUGCAUCAGCAUUGACCGUUUCCUGGCUGUGGUUUACCCCAUGAACUCGCUCACGUGGCGCAGCCCUCAGACGGCUUCAGCUGUGUGCGCGGCUAUGUGGCUCUUAUCCCUGGGAGGAGUGUGCCCCCUGCUGAUCUCAGAACAGACCUUACAUAUAUCGUCCCUGGGCAUCACCACAUGCCAUGAUGUGCAGGACGUAGGAAAACUACAGUCUUACUAUCUUUACUUCUUCCCCAUCUACUCCUCUGUGUUCUUCUUCAUCCCUUUUAUAUUCACCGUUGUCUGCUAUGUACGCAUCAUUCAGGCUCUGGCUGAAGCCAACGUGGAGAACCACUCCAAGAAGACUCGCGCUGUGGUGAUGGCUGUAGUUGUGCUGCUGGUGUUUGUGGUCUGUUUCACCCCCACCAACAUCAUCCUCAUGGUUCACUACGUUCAACUGGCGCACAAGGCUAGCAACAGUUCUUACCAGGCAUACCUGCUCUCCAUGUGCAUAGGAAGCUUCAGCUGCUGUCUGGAUCCGGUGCUCUAUUACUUCGGGUCCUCUCAGUGCCAGAAGCAGGUGGUGGCUCUGCUCAGAUGCAGGCGACCGGGACAGGGCGAGAUCGGCUCACACACAAGCAGCACAAGAACCAGCAAGUUGACAGAGAGCAGCAGAUCGUGCAAAAUGGAGAGCGUUCAGACUGAAAUGGGGAGCCAUUACAGCAGGCUGAUGGCUUAAGACAUGAGGACUGAAAAACUGUUCGGCUCUCAGCCAUAUCCACACUAUAACAGACUACUUCUGUGUUUGCUUGAACUGUUAUCAAGUGCUCGAGGUGGAUUCGAUGAAAUAUGAAACUUGAUGUGGUGCCGACUUCAGACCCCAGUGGCAGUGCUGGGUUUAUUUGUAUCAGAACAAGCACAUUGGUAGCAUCAGUGUGUACAUGCAAGCAGUUAUCU